AUGCGCUGCCAUCAACGAACUAAUGCUGAACGAACCCAUACGAGCACCACUGAAGAGCCCGCAAAAGAUCUUGGACAUCGGAUGUGGAACUGGGCUUCAGACGAACAUCCUGGCGAAGAUGUAUCCCAACGCAACCAUCAUUGGUCUCGAUAUGUCGCCCGUCCCAGACCUCCGCCCAAGCCAGACAAUGUCAUCUACAUCCUCGGCGAGUUCAACGAGCUCAUGAAGAACGGCCACGAGCUUCUCGAGCCGGGGACGUUCGAUCUCGUCUAUCAGAAAAUGCUCGUCAUGGGCGUCACCUCCCGGCCCCAGCAUCUGCAGCUCGUCAAAUCAUUCCUGAAACCCGGCGGAUACUUCGAAAGCCAAGAGAUGGAUUUCUGGAAAAUCUACGACAAGAACAACAAGCUCGUUUCGCAAGAUUGGAAGUUUUUGGAAGUUUCGUUGCGAGCACCCGCAGAGCAGGGGAUCAAUCUCAAGGCGGGAGAGAUCUUGCCGGGACAUUUGGAGGAGGCACGAUUCGAGGAUGUGGAGCAGAAGAGAUUUCCAAUGGCGUUUCAGACGGGUUGGAGAGAGAGGCCGGAGACGGAGACUAUGGCGAAGUAUUUGAAUUGGGCGUGUCGUCCUUGGUGGUAUCGCUACUUUGAGAAAGGUGCGAGAGAGGGUGAAGAUGCGGAUGCUUUGUCGAAGGACUUUCAGAGUAAAGUUUUGGAUGGUGAGAUAGGACUGCAUGGUCAUGUGGUGGUGACUCUUGGCAGGAAAUUUUAA